AUGGCCGUAUCAUCACGUGAGCCUUGUGUCCCCAUCUGCAGCAGGCGUGAACCCAAUACUUUCUGCACCAACGACCAGCCCCUCAGAGUUGGCAACCUCAUCAAGCUCCUCCCGACCGGCACUGUUUUCUUGUACCUGUUCCUCAGCCCUGUGCUGUCCAACAAUGGCUACUGCAACACAAUCAACAAGAACCUCACCGCCAUUCUUGUUGGUCUGUGCGGUUUGUCUUGCUUCUUUUCUACCUUCACACACAGCUACGUUGGAGAUGACAGUAAAAGACACUACGGGAUUGCAACAUGCAAAGGUCUUUGGCCCUCGCCGGAGUCUAAGACCGUGGACGUGCCGAGGUAUAAGCUUCUGUUUGCUGACUUCGUCCACGCCUUUUUCGCGGUGAUUGUGUCUGGGGCUUUGGUGCCUUUGGAUGGAAAUACGUUGGGGUGCCUGCUUCUAUCCGGUGUCUCAGUCCAGCGAGAAGACUUUGCUCCAGAUGCUGCCGCCUGUUGUUGUGUGGUUUCUGGUGUGGUUUUUUUCUUUUCUAUUAAGGGCCAUGGAAUCGGAUACCCUGCAAGUGAGUCUUCAAAGGAUUCCAACUCUGGUGGAGAAGUAUCCAAACACGAACUCAGUAGGUGUGGCACCGAAUCACCUCUCCACCUCUGUUGGAGAAGUGUUUUGGUGCCAACCAACCGAGUUCGUGUUUCGCCGAGGAUACGAUAUUGGCGGCAGUGGUUUGAUUUCUCCUUUUUCGUAACUAAUUUUUAUUCUGCAACCUCUCUGCCAUUUUUAGUGAGGCGGACGAGUAAGUGAGGGUUUCAUUUUCAUUUUCCCUCUCCUCCUCACUCUUCACAUACAGCUCUCUCUCUCUCCCCCCGCCUCCGCCUCCCCCACCAGCCGCCAUCCACCGGCAACUAGAAGCACCUCCUCGAGCCACUCCAUCGUACAUCUCCGACGACCCGAGCCACCACAUUAGGUAACUCUUUCUCUCUUCUUUUCUGUUUCUGACCCAUCUCCAUCAUCUCCUCCCACUGUACAGAUCCGACGACCCAUCACCACCGCCUACAAGCGGAGACCUCAAAAGAGGAGCUAUAUGUGCAGGUGUUUGAUUUCGUUCACUUGAAAGACCGUUAAAUGAAAAUAUGAACCAAGAUGCAAAUGGAUUGUUUUGAAGGUGGUAUUAAUGCAUGUCUCACAGAUCUCUCUUUAAAAUUUGGUUCUUGCCCAUCAAAUGAACAAACAAUCUGGAGGUAGAAGAGAUGGGAGUAUUGACACACCGUGGUUAUUGGAGAGGCAACCCAAAGCAACAACAAAGGAGGACAAUUUUCUGUUACAGGAUAUACCUAAUUGUCUUUUACCUUUCCUGUUUGUAUUUUUAGGUUAUUCCUUCUAGCAGGAAAAGUUAUAUUCAAAGGAGUGAUUCUUUUCUAUCCUGAAACUUGUAACAUGUAGAUGUAGUUGUCAUAUAGAUGUUAAUUGGAUUUUUUGGUGCAUUGAAGUACAAUGUCUUGUGGGGAUGGUAAUUUUGACAUUUUUGCAUUUUUGCAUCUUGAUUC